UCUACUGCCUGACUUCUCGGGAGGUCCCACCCGGAAGAUGCCCCCCAGCGCCAGCGCCCUGGACUUCUUCCAGCUCUUCGUCCCCGACAACAUGCUCAAGAACAUGGUGGUGCAGACGAACCUGUACGCCAGAAAGUUCCAGGAGCGCUUCGGCAGCGACGGCGCCUGGGCGGACGUGACGCUGGCCGAGAUGAAGGCCUUCCUGGGCUACAUGGUCUCCACCAGCAUCUCCCACUGCGAGUCGGUCCUCAGCAUCUGGAGCGGCGGUUUCUAUAGCAACCGGGGCCUGGCGGGGGGCAUGAGCCAGGCCCGCUUCGAGAAGAUCCUCAAGUACUUCCACGUGGUGGCCUUCCGCUCCAGCCAGGCGGCGCACGGCCUCUACAAGGUCCAGCCCUUCCUCGACGCCCUGCAGAGCAGCUUCGACGUGGCCUUCAGGCCCUCCCAGACCCAGGUGCUACACGAACCCCUGAUUGACGAGGACCCCGUGUUCAUCGCCACGUGCACGGAGCGGGAGCUGCGCAAGAGGAAGAAGCGGAAGUUCAGUCUGUGGGUCAGGCAGUGCUCGGCCACCGGCUUCAUCGUGCAGAUCUACGUCCACCUGAAGGAGGGCGCGGGCCCCGACGGGCUGGACGCGCUGAAGAACAAGCCGCAGCUGCACGGCGCGGUGGCCCGGAACCUGUGCCGCAACGCGGCCGGCAAGAACUACAUCGUCUUCACGGGGCCCAGCAUCACCAGCCUGGCGCUGUUCGAGGAGUUCGAAAAGCAAGGUUUGUCGCGUGGCAAGCGGCGUGAGCCUGGCCCUGCCCGGAAAGUGGUGCUGGGAGAGGUUGGGGUGGAGAGGCGUCCGCACAGCCCGUGCGAGGAGGCCUUUCCCGGGAGCAGAUCACUGCAGCCCCGGCCGGGACCUGCUGGGCACCGGAGGGUGAUUAUCAAGCGGAGGAGCGGGGAGGUGCCCUGCCCCUUGGCCGUGGAGGCGUUUGCCGCUCACCUCAGCUACAUCUGCAGAUACGACGACAAGUACACCCCCUCUGCUCUCUGGUUUACACGGACACCCGGCGGGUGGGACAGGCACGGGUGUGUCACAGGCAGGGCACACGAGGGACCUGGGCUGACACUCUGUCCCGCAGGGGUGAUUAUCAAGCGGAGGAGCGGGGAGGUGCCCUGCCCCUUGGCCGUGGAGGCGUUUGCCGCUCACCUCAGCUACAUCUGCAGAUACGACGACAAGUACAGCAAGUAUUUCAUCUUCCACAAACCCAACAAGACCUGGCAGCAGGUGUUCUGGUUCGCCGUCAGCAUCGCCGUCAACAACGCCUACAUCCUGUACAAGCUGUCGGACGCCUACCACGCGCAGAGGUACAGCCGGGCGCAGUUCGGCGAGAGACUCGUGCGGGAGCUGCUGGGCCUGGAGGACGCCUCUCCCACCCCCUGACCGGGGCCGGGCUCGGGGAAGGACCAGGUGGGGGGGAGCCUGCCGUCGACCUGCCCGCCCC